AUGGCUGACUUUUCUCUCACUCAGGAGGAUCUGCAAUUGUUGAUUGCUGCCAACGCCCACUUGGGUUCUAAGAACACCAACGUUCACAACACCUCAUACAUCUACAAGACCAGACCAGAUGGUGUUAACAUCAUCAACAUUAACAAGACCUGGGAGAAGAUUGUUCUCGCUGCAAGAAUCAUCGCUGCUAUUCCAAACCCAGCCGAUGUUGUUGCCGUUUCUUCUAGAAUCUACGGCCAAAGAGCUGUCCUCAAGUUUGCUUCCCACACCGGGGCCACCGCCAUUGCUGGUAGAUUCACCCCAGGUUCCUUCACCAACUACAUCACCAGAUCGUUCAAAGAGCCAAGAUUAAUCAUUGUGACAGAUCCAAGAACCGAUGCCCAGGCCAUCAAGGAGUCCUCCUACGUUAACAUCCCAGUCAUCGCUUUGGUUGACUGUGAUUCUCCAGCAGAGUACAUCGAUGUUGCUAUCCCAUGCAACAAUAAGGGUAAGCAUUCCACGGGUCUGAUCUGGUGGUUGCUCGCCAGAGAGGUCUUGAGACUCAGAGGUACUCUCAUCAAUAGAGAAGAGCCAUGGGCUGUUAUGCCAGACUUGUACUUUUACAGAGACCCUGAAGAACCAACAUACGAGCCUUCUGCCGCUGAUGAGCUUGCUGACGAGCUUGCUGAGGCUGCUGCAGAAACGGGAGAGGCUGAGUGGACUGCUGAGCCAACCAACGCUGACUGGGCUCAAUCCUCCUCUGCUGCUGACUGGGCUGCUGAGGGAGCUGAGCAGACCGAGAACUCUGAAUCGUGGUAA